AUGGAAGCUAAUAAUAAAAAAGAAGGAUAUCAAGAAAGAAUCAAUAAAACAAUCUUUAGAGAGACUAAUGAAGAAUUCUAUAAUCCGAUGAUGCAGACUAAAAUAAUCAAGGAAAUAAAAAACAAAAAGAUAGACAUUCUUAAAAAAGAAGUACAACAAAGCAUAGCAUAUAAAAGAAUGAGAGAAAUGCUUCAAGAUAAAGAUAAAAAAGUAUCUCAAUUAUUAUAUCCCAAAUUCAGAAAUGAUGAAUACAUAAGAAAUGAUAGUAACCAAUACUCUAAUAAACAAGAAAUCAAAAAGAUUCUUAAAAAUAAGGCAAUCCAAAUAAUAGUACCAGAUCCGAAAAACUGGACUGAAAAAACAAGAAAUGAAAUUCUAGAAGAAUUAGGAUUUGAAAUGAACCCUGAACGAUUACAAUUUAUCAAAAUACAUAGAUACCUUUCUCAUAAUAAAUCUGGAACUCAAUCCACAACUACCAAUAAUCCCGACUACACCAAGACACCAUACUAUAUAGAAAUAGCAAUGUACUUAUACUUAGUACUUCCACAUGAAAAUUUCUUGAUAACUUAUAAUGAACCACAAAACAUGAACUAUUUGGAAGAAUGGAUCUUAUUGGAAAAGAUUACCAACAAUUGCAUUAAAAAACAAUUUCCAAAUCAAGAAAUUUCUGAAGAAUACAAGACACCAUAUAACGGUGAUGAACAAAACAAUUCGGCUGAAAAACUGAAUUACCU